AUGGCAUCUUUUGAUGUUACAUUCCCCUUUACUUCUAUUCCCCAGGACCUGGCGAUCGGGACAAUCGAGCUGCUACUACAAAGCAAAUACGAUGAAACGGAGAACCGUCUUGGACACGCCCAAGUCCUUCAGCUCCUUCAGCUCUGUCUCAGGACGUACUUCACGUUCGACGGAACAAUCUACGAACAGGUGAAGGGCACACCAAUGGGUUCGCCGAUUUCGGGAUUCAUCCCCGAGGCGGUCCUGCAACGGUUAGAGUCGCUGGUCUUCCAACACCACAGACCGAAGUUCUGGGCACGGUAUGUGAAUGAUACCUUCCUCGUUAUCGAUCGGAAUCAACUGUUGACAUUCAAUGAACGUCUGAAUGCGGUCUUCCCGGACAUACAAUUUACGAUGGAGGAGGAUGAGAACAACCAGCUGGCCUUCCUGGAUGUCCUCCUAUGCCGCAAAGAUUGUGGUGGACCAAAGUGUUCAGGAAAGCGACAAAUACGAUGCAAGUACUGA